AUGGAAAACAUUCAUGGGGACAAUUUAGCUUUAUUUCAAAACCAUGAGGUCCACGUGGGGUCACAAAAAACGGAAUGGCUUAUCUAUAGACCUAUAAAUCAACUGACUGAAGGUGCCGCUAUCGAAUUCAAUGUGCCGGGGACAUCCACGAGCUAUAUAGAUUUGGCUAAUACCUUGCUACAUGUAAACUUUAACAUUGUUAAGGCCAAUGGUGAGGUCUUAGAAGUAAACGAGAAAGUGGGCGUGACCAACAACAUUUUACAUUCUAUGUUUUCCCAAAUCGAUCUUCAUAUGCAACAACACCCUACCAGCGAAGUGGGUAAUAAUUAUGCUUACAAGGCUUACUUGGAUACGUUAUUGGGUACGCCGACCAAACACGACUUAGAUUGUAUAGGAUUCAUCAAAGACGAUAAUGAUUGGCCCGAUGACACUGAUCCUUCGGGAAGAAAUACAGGAUUGUAUAUGAGGUCUUUUUGGACGGUACAAAGUAAAACGGUUGAUGUCAUAGGUCAUCUACAGGUAGACAUGUGUCAACAAGACCGUCUUCUCUUAAAUGGAGCACCAGUCAACGUCAAAUUAUGGCAGAGUAAGGACACCUUUCGUUUAGCCGCUGCCCCGGACACCGAAGCCUACAAAUUAGUAAUUCGUGACGCUGCUUUAAAAGUGGCAAUGGUAAAAGUUGACCCUGAAUUGAUUAUCGGGCAAGCCAAAACACUUAAGAACUCAGAGGCUCUAUAUCCCUAUACCAGAUCCGUCGUCAAGACCUUUGCGGUGCCGAGUGGACAAUACUCCUUUAUUACCGAUGACCUAUUUCAGGGUGAGGUUCCAAGACAAUUGAUUGUAGGAUUAGUGUCUUCCUCGGCCAUACACGGAAAGUACACAAAGAAUCCAUUUAACUUUCAACACUUUAACUGUAACUAUGUGGGGUUCUUUGUUGAUGGACAGUCAACCCCUUCUUCACCGUUACAACCCAAUUAUAAGAGCGAUACCUACGUAGACGCUUUUAAGAGACUGUAUAGCGAUAGGAUUCAACGUGUUACUCACUUGACUAGAAGAGAUUUCAAGACAGGAAGCUGCUUAUAUGUGUUUAAACCCGAGGGGGAUUUGAAUGAUCGAUCGUCUCAGAGAGCUCAUACACGUUUAGAACUUAAAUUUUCCGAAGGUCUACCUGAAACGUGUACAGUCAUUGUCUAUGCCAAUUUUCCAGCACUCUUGAAAAUUGAUGCCAGUCGAAACGUUAUGUUGGAAUCAUGA